UUAUACUGGGAUGAGCUAAGAGCUGUCCAGCUUAUUUGGCCCUGUGUGAUCCAGACUUCAUGGCUUCUCAUGGGCCAGAUGACACAUCUCUGGUGGCAGCUCAGUAGUGGCUGCUGGAACCAGGGGAUAAACACUGCUGUUCAUCUCCCUUUCCUCUGCCACUGAAUUGAGUCACUGGCAGCAGGGAUUGGGGUACAGGGGUGAGCAGCAGGGGCAUUCGCCCUCCGGGUUCUGGAGCCAUGCUAAUGCAGCAGCUCUUGCAGCUGUGCCAAGAAGCCCUGUAGACCAGAAUUAAAUCCGUCACAGGUCACAUGUAACCCAUGGGCCACCAGUUGGGCAACCAUUUGGAGUCACACUGAUGUAGUUAGACUGGUGGCAGGGUUCCCUGCAGGGCUUUUCUGGAAUUGAGUGGCUUUUUUCUUUUUUACCUCUUCUACAGUGCCAUAGGCUAAACAGAAACAGCUGCUUGCUUCAUCCCUGCAGGCUUUUACUGUCACGGAUGCUUGGUUUAGCUCAAGGUCCAGUGCUAAACAGCCUCCAGGCUGGAUCUGGCCUAUGAAGAGUUUGGAUUCAGGCCCAUGAAGGUCUGACUUAGCAUGAGGGAAUGAGAGGCACCCAGGUGCCCGGAGCAGUCCUUAUAGGUGGAGCAUAGCCAUGGUACUGCUCUGCAGCCCUUCCUGCUGCUCUCCCUGCCAGAGAAGUUGCAGUGAGGGUAAGCACAGGCAGCUUGGGCUGCUCUAGGGCUGGUGGGGAUAUGCAGCCUGUGGCAGGAGGCUGGGUCAGGAGCUCUGCCCCACAGCUGCAAAAUGUUAAUCCUUAUUUAGCUGAUCUAGUGAUAAAGGUAAAAUGUCUCUGCAUCACCCCUUGCUGAAUGGGCAUGUGGGCUGCUCUUGACAGAGUUCUUUCCUUCUCAGCCUAGAAAUCUCCCUGGCUGAGUCUGCUCCAGCGAGCCCCCUAUCCCUGCUGUUCCUCAGUCCCAUGAUGUUCUUGUCACAGUAGCCCCUAAUUAGAGGAUGUGGUUUCCAUCUCUGCCAUCCCCAGGAGGGACUGGGCUCAUGCAAGCAAGUGUGGACCUGCUUGUCUUUGGUCCUGUGAGGAUUCAUUUGAUGUACCCAGGAGAAAAUACUGAUCUGAGUGACACUGCUUCAUUUUACCCUUGAGACCCUUUCACACCUCCAAGGAGAAAAUUCUGAUCCCCCUCAGCUGCUGGGAGCCAUUUGAUUGAGUGAACCCAGCCCCACAGGGUGGAUACCCUGGAGACCUCAGAUGGAAUCUGAGGAUCUUGGGCUUUGCGUUCUCUUGUGCCAGAAAUGGAGUCUUCCCAAGCCAGCGGUCUCUGAGGGCAAAGUGCUAUUGGACAGACAGGCAAAAGGCUGGAGGAUAAGCGGUAAGAACUGGAACAUUCCUUAGCUCAUGGAGGAAGAGAAAUUACAUCCCAAACUGACUGAUUCAGACCAGCUGGUCUGGCGCAGUGGCUGCGCUGGGAUGGGAUGUUUGUCCUCUGUUCUGCAUAUUCCCAGUGUGAGUCACCUCCCAGAUCAGGAGCAGCCAGAGUUUACAGAAUGACUUGUAUAACCAAGCCCUGACCUGGUGCUACCAUGACCAUGCUCCACCUGUAAGGCCUGCAAAAAAUUCCGCUGGGCCUGCUGGUCUGACUUCCUGAAUGCCAGGGUAAGCCAGGCAGGUGUGUUGGUGCUGUCACCUAUGCCCACUCUCAUGGAAUGUGGGGGUGAGUGAGGACUUUACUCCUGGGGCUACAGUAAUAGCAGGAAACAGUUGUACAAUUGAUCCAGUCUGGCUGGAGCCCUCCAGGAAGAAAACAAGUCAUUGUACUCUUUUCCUGGCUGUCUGAAUUAACUCUGGGUCACUUGCAUAACAGCAACCGGACAUGCAUAGACCCAAAAAGAGUAGACAGCUGUGUGUCCCACACUGCUUGCUGCUGUGGGCUGGAGCCCAAACCUGAGCUCAGCAGAAGCUGCUUUGAUUAAGCAGGAGUAAUCAAAGAGCUUUAUUGCUUUAUGUCCCAGUGUGCCCUAUUGGCCAGGGCACCUCUUCUCCCCAUCCCUCCCUUCCUUCUGCAAGACGGGAGACGUGUGCUCCAGCUUUCUUGGACUUCCUUCCUUCCUUUCCAUCUCUCUGUGACAGCUGCUCUGUUGCCCUCACUAGAUGUAUUGGGCCUGGCAUUCUCUAGCUGGCUGCAGUCCCCCCCUGGGCUGUUGGGCAGAGGGGCCUUUCAGCUCCCAGCUGGUGGCACCUGCAUGUUGGUGCCUUGCUCUGCCAACAGGAUAAUCUGGGUGGCUGCUCUUCCAAGAAGCGCAGGAGCCAGCUGUCUCCCUCCCUCCUCCAGAAGCCAAUGUGAGAGACAGAUUGCACUUUUGAAAGAGCCACCUGGAUACCACUUGAAGAUUUGCUGCAGUACAAAAAGAAAAUCCCCACAUAUUGCACACCAUUAGUUAUGACAUAUCACCCUUCCCUGGAACCUACACAGAAAAUACUCAAGCAAUUGCAACCCAUACUAGAAGAAGACCCAAUUCUUAAAGACUUCUUUCCAGAACCACCGAUUCUAGCUUUUAAAUAAGCACUGAACCUCACUAACCUCAUCACCAGAAGCAAUCUCCCUAUAACCCAAACCACACCAACUGGAUCUAGACCAUGCCAGGACAAGAAAUGCAAAACCUGCCAACACAUCUCCACCACCCCCACUAUAACUAUGCCCCACACAACAGAACCAUCACCAUUCCUGGAUCUUACAGCUGCUCCUCCAGAAAUGUUAUAGAUCUCAUCUAGUGCACCAAAUGCCCUGAUGGAAAAUAUUUUGGAGAAACCAAACAACAGCUGUGCACCAGAAUGAUAGAUUUUCGGUGUGCAUCCAAUGACAGGAAUGCCUAACUACCUUCGAGGGCACACUCCUUACAGGACAAUCACUCCCUCUCCCAUCUCUCAGUUCUAAUCCUCAAAGGGAACUUACAAAACUCCUUUCAUAGACAAGCCUACAAACUUCACUUUAUAAAUCUACUGGAUACAAAGAAUCAUGAACUCAAUAUAGACAUUGAUUUUAUGAUGCAUUACAAUCUGCCAGACAUCUGAUUCACCAGGUACCUGCCUGACCUGAUCUUUUACAUUUUCCUUUUCACAACCCUCCCCCACCGCUUUUUUGAUGGUUGUCUUCCUAAUUUCUAGCUAUUUCCUUUUUCACAGACAGCCUCUUCUCCACCUUCAAUUACCACCACUGUAGUGUCUCCCUUACUCACCUUUGGCUUUCUUUCCCACCCCCACUCCUGCUUUUUUACUCCCUCCUCCCCUUCCGUGCUUUACCUUUUGUCUUUCUAAUUUCUGCCUAUUUACAUUCUCACUGACAUCCUGCCAUACUUUUAGCUUCUCUCAUUUCUUGGAGCCUCAGAACAGCAGUGACUCCCUAUGUCUGAAGAAGAGUGACUGCACCCAAAAGCUUGCUAAGAACUUUUUUCCGACUACUCAGUUGGUCUAAUAAAAGAUACCACAGCUACUCAAAGAAGCCUGCCUGCCUAAUUGGGUCAGACCUGGGGGGAGGCUGGGGAAGGCCCAGGUGAGGUCCCUGCAGGUGCCCAAAUCCAGCAGAGCCUGGCUUGGGACUCCUGAGUUUGAGGCUUGUGACCUGGUGAGGCCCAGGGGGCUGUGGCAGGGGCUGGGCUGCAGCGGGACAUCUCCCCCAGUGCCAGGCCGGGGUGGCUUCCAGCCCCAGCUCCCCACCACCCCCUGCUCCUGUCCCUGUGGGGCUGCUGUGCCUGCCAGGGGGCAAGCCUGGCUGGAUGCAGCACCCUUUGUCCCACUGGCCCGGCGGGACACUCCUCCGUGACAUCACUGGGAGUGUCACGUGGGCGGGGACAUCCCCUCCACUGACGUCAUGGGCAGAGUUAGGAGGAUGCCGGCGCUCUGGACGGGCAGAGCCAAACCAUGGCUGGGAGCGCUCGGGGCGCUGCACUGGGCUGGGCGCUGCUGGGGGACAGGGGCAGGUGCCUGAGCUCCUGCGCUGUGCUAGCACUAUGCACCCCCAAGCAGCGCCCUCCAGCUCCGGCUCCAAUCCUGAGCCAGCAGGCGAGGCCCUUUCUGCACCUGGCAGCCCCUCUGCUGGGCAACAAGCGGAUGGAGUACUCGGAGGCGCGCGUCGUGGGGUACUCAAUGAAGCAGAUGUACAAUGUGGUGGCCAACAUUGAGAGCUACCGGCUAUUCGUGCCAUGGUGCAACAGCUCCAGGGUCCUGUCCCACCGCAAAGGGCUCAUGAGGGCAGAGCUGGAAGUUGGCUUUUCACCCCUGGUGGAGCGCUACAUCUCUGAAAUCUCCCUGAGCCCCCAUCAGAUCCGGGCUGUGUGCAACGAUGGCCGGAUGUUCAACCACCUGGAGACACUGUGGCAGUUUGGGCCAGGGCGGCCAGGGCAGCCAGAUACCUGCACAUUAGACUUCUCGGUCUCUUUCGAGUUCAAGUCUAUCCUACAUUCCCGGCUGGCCACCCUGUUCUUCGAUGAGGUGGUGAAGCAGAUGGUGACAGCUUUCGAGGCCCAGGCAAAGAAGCUGUUCGGCCCACAGGCUGAGGUUCUGCCACGACAGCGCCUCCAGGCAGCUCGCUGCGGAUGAUUGUGACAGGACCUGGAGCUGACCCCGCAGCCCCCCUCCGAUGGAGGUGCCCUUCUGAGCUCAUUAGAAGGUUCUGUCUUCGUUUUGCUCUGUCCACGUUUUUGCCUGGACACAGUUAGUCACCCUCCUUGGGGCCUUGUUCUAUUUAUGUCUAUUUAACCCCCUGCCCUGGAGAUUAAAUUAUUUUUGUAAUCGUGGUGGUUUCUAUUUAAUGCUGCUGUUGGCACAAGGACCAAAAUGCCCAUUUCCUGAGUGCGUUUCCAUGGUGGAAUCUCAGGAGGAGGCAGGCACAAGACUCGAAUGGAAAAGGUUCUAUUUUUAAUGGUGUCAAUAAAAACUUUUGAAUGGAA